ACAAGAAACUAGCAGAAGAUUCCUUAUUCCUUCCCCAGAAUUUAUUGCAACUGGAUAAACCCCUGUGAAUCUACCUGGAGAAUUUAGAUGAAGCUUUGUGACAACAGUUUAAUUUUCAGUGCUGCUGUGUUAUGAUUUCUUGCCUUGGAGAGGAGGUUGUAUGGGAGAUGCUUUAGAACUUGCCAGAAGAAGUGUUAGUGUUGGUGUCCUAGUGCUGGCUGAAAGAUUGCCUGGUCAGUGGUGUGUGCUGUCUCUGCCAGCUGAUUCACCCUUUCUCAGCAUGAUCCCUCUGACAGUCUUAGAAGUCUUGGCAAUUCCUACUUCUUUUUUCUGCUUCUCACUGUGGUUUGAUAAUUGAUUUUUUAAAAAUUAUUCAUUUUAUUUUGACCUGCCUGAAACUGCUUUUUUUGGAUCUUUUUUGUCGGUGGACUAGUUGCCGUUAAUACAUUACAACAGGAAAUUGCUGCCUGUCUGCUUCAUACAGGAGUAUGAUGGGUGGGAAGGCAAAGCCUAAAGGGACCCUUAGUUGCUCUGGAGGGUGGCUGUGGUUUGGUGUUAGGAAUAGCUAAUGGCACUGGGAUGGUGGGGGGUGACUGCUUUAAAUGGGCCAGGGAGAGCAGAUCACUAAUGAUUUGUUUGUGUAUCCAAUCCACUGCUUAGUACCCAAGGUGGAAACUGUGUACUCAUGGAGAAACUUUGCAAAGCUGCUUUGUGAUUAUUUUGUCUAUUAGUAAUGUUAUCACAACAAUACUGCAAGAACAACAACGGUGCUGUGAGCACGAACUGUUCGUUAGUUUCUUAAAUAUUUUGCAAUUAAGCCUUUCUAAGGUUUUCUGCUUUCUGUUAUUUCUAGCCCUUUUAAUACUCUAUAGACAUUAUUGGGAAGAUUUGCAUGCGUUUUAACAGCUAAUAGAUUCUGUGCUUUCAUGCUGAACUUUAAAUGUGAUUUGAGAAAACUUUAUGUACUCACUCUAAACAAAGAUCUGUGGAAUGUAAAUAGCUUUGUAUUCAGAAGUACAUAGGUUUAGCAGAAUAAAUUUGUCAUAGGAAAUUUCCUAAUGUUAAAUGUUAGGAGGUAUCAUAAAAAUUGUUUUAUGUCUAACUAUCUCUAGAACAUUCAGGAUUUGGGGCAGGAAAUAAGAAAAAAAAUAAUAAAUUGAAAAGAAAGAAUAGUAUCCCUGUCAGACACAUGACUCUUAUUCCUCCAAAGAUCUUGGCAGGUUUGACCAGGUAGAUACUUCAUGUUGGUGUGAUGAAAAAGUUGUUCAGGGCUUGCCUCUUAUUUGUAUAGAAGUUUAUUUCCUUGUUUGCAUUUGAAGCUGCCAGGGAACUUUCUGUUGUCUUCAUCUGCACAGAGGUGGCCCCUGUAGGCACCAGUAACUCUGGUACUGCACCUGCUCCCCUCAGCAGUGUUGAAUAGCCUAAGAAAGGAUUCACUUAGUUGAGGAAAAAAAAGCCUUCUGAGUAUUUGUGGUUUUGUCUCUCCUGUUCUUCCUAGUAAUGAUUCAGUGGAUUUUACAAUGCUUAUGAUUGGUCAAAGCCUUGGGAACUUGGCAGGGAUCUUCCCUGAUGGGAAAUGAGAAGUUUGUGGUUAAGAAUAGAGGCUGUGCUUCUAAUAUAGUAUUUCAAAGGCCUUUUAGCUAGCUUGUCAGAAUGUAAUGAGUGUACCUGGUUAGCUUUUUUCUAUUUAGGUGCAACUACUCUUGCAUACUCUCUAAAAUCUACAGAUUUUGCAACGUAAACCAUAUGUGCGCUGCAGUUUUAAGUCUUCUGCUGAUCUGCUAUUUCCUGUGCUGUCCAUAGGUCCAAGGUACUGGCCAGCAGGUAUCUGUGAAGUUAAAGAAGCAGUUGGUGAUGUUAAAGAAUAAUGGGAUGAUACAGCUUUUAUUAGACAGAGCCAUUUGUCUGGUGCAAGUAGUUUUAAUUCACAUUUUUUAGUAAUAAGUUCAGAUGCGUAUAGUGAUUUAUUAAAUUUUAUAGAAUAGCUAAACAUAAAAAAAAUCUCCUUUCCCGAACAGUGCAGGGUUGGAAUAGUUAAAUGUUCAUAAACUCAAGCAUACAAAUGAGAAGAUGGAUUACUUUGUUGUUCUGCUGAUUUCAUCAAUCAUAAAUACAGACUGAAUUACAGUGUAAUGACUGUAUUUUUCUUUUCAGGACAUAAGGAACACUCGUACGUUACAGAAUGGAUGAACAAUCACAAGGCAUGCAGGGGCCUACUGCUCCACCAUUUCAACCACAGAAAGCCUUGCGACCCGACAUGGGCUAUAAUACACUUGCCAAUUUCCGAAUAGAGAAGAAGAUUGGCCGUGGGCAGUUCAGUGAAGUUUACAGAGCAACUUGCCUCUUGGAUGGGGUACCAGUGGCUCUGAAGAAGGUUCAGAUAUUUGAUUUGAUGGAUGCCAAAGCUCGUGCUGACUGCAUCAAAGAAAUAGAUCUUCUCAAGCAACUGAAUCAUCCAAAUGUAAUUAAAUAUUAUGCCUCAUUCAUUGAAGACAAUGAGCUGAACAUAGUGUUGGAAUUAGCAGAUGCUGGAGAUCUCUCUAGAAUGAUAAAGCAUUUUAAGAAACAGAAGAGGCUGAUUCCUGAAAGAACAGUUUGGAAGUACUUUGUUCAGCUUUGCAGUGCCUUGGAACAUAUGCAUUCUCGUCGUGUUAUGCAUAGAGAUAUAAAGCCAGCAAAUGUGUUCAUUACAGCUACAGGAGUAGUAAAGCUUGGAGACCUUGGACUUGGUCGAUUUUUCAGCUCCAAAACAACAGCUGCACAUUCUUUAGUUGGUACACCUUAUUAUAUGUCUCCAGAGAGGAUACAUGAAAAUGGUUACAACUUCAAAUCUGACAUCUGGUCCCUAGGCUGUCUGCUGUAUGAGAUGGCUGCGCUGCAGAGUCCCUUUUAUGGUGAUAAAAUGAACUUGUACUCUCUGUGCAAGAAGAUAGAACAGUGUGACUACCCACCUCUCCCUUCAGAUCACUAUUCAGAGGAACUGCGACAAUUAGUUAAUAUGUGCAUCAACCCCGACCCGGAGAAGCGACCAGACAUCACCUACGUGUACGAUGUAGCGAAACGUAUGCACGCACACACCGCCAGCAGCUGAACUGACGCCAGACCAGGAGGAAGAGAGCAGAGAUAACCAAGUAUUUUAAAUAACUCAUCCCACCCCUCUGUGUGUUACACAAAUGUAAUUAUUUGAAGCUUACCGUUGUGCUUUGAAUCGUAAACCAAUUUACAUACACAAGCUUUGUUUUCCAUUUGUUUCUGGGGGUUUCGUUUGUAUUUUUUACUAACUUGCAGUUGUACAACAGGUUUAAAUGUGUAAGGCGUAAUUUCAAGAUACCAAGAACCACCCUCUUCCAUGAUAUGUGGGUUCAAGUAUAUUUUCUGUAAUAACAAAAUUGUAUUCAGUUGGGCCUCAGUUCUAAAACACAUUUGCACUUUUGCACAUGAUACAGAUAUUAGGCUUAUUAUCCAGAAGCAAAAUGUCUGAAUCUCUCACCUUUAUAGUAAUUUAUGGAAAGUAUGAAUCAGCACAGUUAACUUUAUUUUAAUCUUUGUUCUGAGAGGAACAUAAUUAUUAUAGAAGGUGAUUGCAUUUUAUGUUGAAUUGUAGUUUGCAGUUCUUGCUGUAAGAGUAGACAGGUCAUAGGAUUAGUUCUCCGCUUGCCAAGUGCGAUGGAAAAAUAGUUUCAGGAAAAUUUGUCAUGCUGAAAUUUUUGUAACAGCCCUUUUUGUUUUGUUAUUCUAUCAUAAUACACAUAAAACACUUGUUGGAGGUUUUCUGGGAAAAUUUAAGGUGUUGAUUCACGAAUCUGAUGGCUUUGAAUAGAUUUGUGCAGCGCUGCCCUGGGGCAAUAGGAGUCUGCAUAGUUAAGUCUUAAAACCAUGCAGAUGCUUCUAGUAGCAAAGAGGGGUUCUUCUGAGGCUGUCAUUUGUACAGGUCUGAUUAAAAGAUGUGAUCUUUAGGUUACAACUUCCCAACUGUUUGUGUAUAUGUCACUGUUUGUAGAUUUUUGUGUUUAAAAUAAUUUGAAUGACCUUACAAUGUAUUUAAAUUUUAAAAUGUUUGGUUUUUUUUAAGUACAGAAAUCUUUUGGGAAAGAUAUAAUACUGUAGUAUAACACAAAAUGUAUUCUACAUAAAUAUAUAAUUUUUGUAUACUCUAUCCUGAGAGUUAGUUUUAUAUUUAGCAAAAUUGAAUUUUAGCUUUUAUGUUUAAGAGAAAGUUGCCAGUCCUUCAUUUGGGAAAUAAAUAUAUAUGCAAACUGUCUUACAAAUACUUUAUUAGUUAAAAAGGAAAUGCUGAAUAUUUUUGUUAGACCUUAGUGCCUUUUUGACUGUGCUUAAAUAAUAUUUUUAUUGUUAAGGAAGGAAUGUACCUUGUUUCUAAAUGUGGCAAAAAUGGAGAGUGGAAUGAAAUUUCUAGAGUUUCAUGACUGAACUUUUUAUACAGAACUGUCUAAGCGUAAUUCUUUUCAGUGAUAACAGCUAAGAAGCUGUUACAGUCGGUUAAAUCUUUUUCCUUAACGUGGGUAAAAAGAAGUUAGUUCAAAUAAAAGCAGCAGGAUGUACAUACAUGUAUAGGUUCUAGAUGUAGUCACUUCCCUGCAUGCUCAGAUUUUGUUUUUGCUUGUUUGUUUCUCUGUGCAGCUUUAAUUUUUUGAUUUGAUAUAAUGCUCAAAGAAUAAAAAUCUGUCUGUGGAGUUUGUGGAUGAAAUGUUCAGCCUCGGUCAGGAUUGUUUCCAGUUUUGUAUUUUUUAAAACUGCAAAUAGUAUGGAAAUUGUAUUUGGCAAAAUACAGGAGUUUUUAAAUAGUAUGUGCCAGAUCAUGAGCUUAUCUUGAUACAUAUUUUUUAAAUCUUUGUUUCCAGAUUUUGUAGGAUGAAUUCUAUGAAACCAUAGUUUUCCUUCUCACUUGUGUGUACUUAAUCUUGUAGGACUUGAGUGGAGAAGAGGUAUUUGAGAAACCUUGGUUUGUAUCUUAAAACCUCUAGAUUUGUUUUUGUUAUCUGAUUGUAUAAUUUUUAAAAUGAUGGUUAUAUUCUGUAACUAUAUUUCAUAUGUCAUAGAAUGAAAUGCUUUAUAUUGAAAAAGGCAGCACAAUAUUUGCUUGACUGCCAGGAUUAACUCUUAAUAUGCACAAGUACUCACACAAUCUUUUUUUUUUUCUGAAAUGGGCUAGAACAUUUAAAAAUCACUGAAAAAAACCCUCAGUGCAGGCAGGCUAUUUGUAUCUAAUCUUAUGCAUAGAGUAUUGAACUUUUCCUGAAAGAAACCGAUAAUAGAUCUCUCUCCCUCUGGAGGAUAUGUAGAGUAAAAAAAUGAUGAGUUAAGAGUUAGCAAAUGUACAUGCUUAAGCAUUUAAAUUUUUUUAGGUUUGGGGGGGGUAGUAUUUAUGAUUAAAUCUUGUGUUGAGGAAAAAAAAUAGUUGUUCAUGAUUUAAAAUCUGUAAAACAAAUGGUGCAGAUGACUCUGGUACCAAACUUUAUAAUUAAAAAACUCAUGUGGGUUAAUAGAACUGCUUACAUAAUUGGGACUGUAGAAUCUAUCCCUAAAGUAAAGCACCUGGUAACAUAUGAAAGUGAUAAGUCUGUUAUAGCACUCCCAUGUGUCCUACAUACUAAUAAAAUAUUUUCUUUCAUAAA